GCUUUAACUAUGGCAGUGCGGUUCCUGCAGAAGGCAUCUGUGUGGGUAAAGAAGCACAAGAUCACUUUGUUGGCCUUCUCUUGCAUGGGACUGUUUGGUGCUAACCUUUCCUAUCAUGUGUUUCCUGAGACGUUCAGAAUGUUGCACGAGUGCUGGUCAGAGGGGCAGCCAGCUGAGCUUUCACAGAGGCUUUGUAGCGUCUUUCAGGAUGUCCUUCAAGAUAAUGAUGUGAAGUCCCCUGACUCCUAUAAAGCCUUUGCAGCUUCUGGCUUCCACCCUGUGAGUGCUGGGAUCCCCUGGCUGCCUGCAGGCGCUGUGGUGGGCAUCCCGCCUAAUUUUGAUAGCACAGCUGAGGAUAAAAAAGGAAUAGUCAACCAUGUUGUUGUGAUCAAUGGCAAGGAAGUAGACUGGGAGAGCAGCGAAGGUGUUGCUUUGAGGGAAGCUCUGACGUUUUCACUUGAAGCUCAGAAGUUCGCCAUUGCCAGAGAAAUUGUGUAUUUGCAGGGCGGCAGCCCUUUAGCGAACGCAGCUGUGGCUCCAGCUUGCUUAGCUGCUACAUUUCUCUGUGGGAGAGGUAUAAAGCUACUUCUGGGCUUAUCUCCUGGCCCCAUAAUACUUCGAAGCAUCUGUAACCUCGUAACCGCCGCUGCUGGACUGAUGUGCUAUUACGUUUCUUACGACGCUGUGACCUAUCACCUCGACUGCAAGGCUGACAGAAAGGCAGCUACUGUUUCCAAAGACUACGCCAGAGGUGGCGUUGAGUUUUAUGAUAAAAUCUUGUCCCGCAACAGGAUUCUUCGUGGUCUGAUGGGCAAACAAGGGACGAAAAUAUAUGCCCCGAGUGGUAACCUUUUCCCAAGGCAUUGGUUCAGAAUAAAGUAUACGCCGUACACUUACCGAAGAGAUUUGAUUGUUAAUAUUUUACAAGAGCUCCAGGCAUAGGAAGGGAGUGCUUGAAUUUUAAACUUGUGAAUUAUGUAUUCUCUUGGAACACUGCUGUGCUGCUUUUUAUUUUUUUUUUCCUCUGUAUCUUCAUUAGAAUUUCGGGGUUUAUUUUUGCAUAUAGUUCGAGAGGAGUUAUUGCAAAUUCUGUGAAUAAAGCAUUCUCUCUUAAAAUAUUAAAGACUCGCUUCGAAAGUGCUCUGUUCUGUGUGCAUCUCAAAUCACAAGA